AUGGCGUCGAGCGACAGGUCGCCGGGGGAGAUGCCGCCGGGGGACGGGGCGGUGCCGCCGGGGAAGCCCAUGACGGUGGGGCAGCAGGUGCUGGACAUGGGCGCCCAGAUGAUGCAGUCGAUGAAGCCGCUGAAGCAGAUGAGCCAGCACGUGUGCACCUUCGCCGUCUACAGCCACGACGUGUCUCGCCAGAUCGAGGCUCACCACUACGUCUGUCGCGCCAACCAGGACUUCCUCCAGUGCGCCGUCUUCGACUCCGAUGACUCCAAUGCCCAUCUCAUCGGCGUGGAAUACGUAGUGUCGGGCCGUGUAUUCGACUCGCUGCCGGUGGAGGAACAGAAGCUGUGGCAUUCCCAUGCUCACGAGAUCAAAUCAGGCCUCUGGGUGAAUCCCCGCGUUCCAGAGAUGAUUUCCAGAUCCGAGCUCGAGGAUCUUGCAGGAACGUACGGCAAGUUUUGGUGCACCUGGCAAGUAGACAGAGGGGAUAGGCUUCCUCUUGGGGCGCCAUCUCUGAUGAUGUCGCCGCAAGAGGGGAACAUGGGGUUGGGGGUGAACGUGAACGCAGAGUUGGUGAUACAGAGGGACGCCACGUAUGGCAUUUCGACGGAUGGUCUGAAGAGCUCCAGAGCAGACCUUCAAGUUCCUGCGAUGACAAAUCCAUAUGCAGACUACUGGCAGAAGACGGGAAAGGGCUUUGCUCUUGACAUAGAGAAGACUGAGAUCAAACUCAUCGGGGAUUCUUAA